AUGACCAUUUACGGUUUUUAUAUAUUUGAUAGGCACUGUGAAUGUAUUUAUCGACAAAAAUGGAAUCAAAUUGAUGUUUUUUCUGAUUCGUCAUCAGCCGUUUCAAAUGAUUCCAGCAAAGAAAAAUCGAGGAGCACUAACAAUGACGAAGAGAAAUUAGUCUUCGGUGUCGUUUUCAGUCUUCGAAACAUGGUAAAGAAGGUUGCUGGAAACUCCGAGGAAUUUCUUUCAUAUUCAACAUCAAAGUACAAACUUCAUUUUUACGAAACACCUUCCAAUAUUCGCAUGGCUUUAUUAACAAGCCCAAACGUUGAAAAUUUGGUUUACGUGUUGCACCAGGUGUAUGCUACGCUUUACGUUGAAUUUGUUGCAAAGUAUCCACUUUACUCUGGCAAAAGCAAAGAUUUCAGUGUCCGUAUACAAAAUCGAUUGUUUGAUGCAACUCUAGAUCGAUUUGUUCGCACACUAAGGUAA